AACACUGGGAGCGACACUUCGGGUUCUGGAGCUCCAGAAAUUUCUGGAUAUCGAUACAAUUGUAUAUAUCUUAUUUUUCAAUAAGGAUAUCGACAACCGGAUUAUAACUUAAAAGAUGGAUUUGAAGAUGUUCGGAACCCCCCGGGAUGUUGACUAUUGUCUGACGAGUGUCAAUAUUGACCCUGACCUCUUGACCCCGGGCUGGUCAGCAAGCCUCCGGCCGAUGGACAUCCAAGAUGAAGAUUCUGGCCUGGGAAUGGACAUGACGGAAAAUCUGUUCAAAGAUGAGGAAUCAACAUCAUUAUCAAUCGAUACUCCAGGAUUUGUAAAAGAAAAGGUAAACCCUAAAUCUACUGUUCGGAAGUCUCUGUUCAGUCAGAAACGGACGCGAACUGUAGAGGACGGCACCUUGUCGUCUGGAAAGAGACAGAAGUGUUCCGAAAGCGAAGAUAUUGUUGCUGGGUUCGACAUGCUCUCUUUUGAGGAUACAGCAACACCCCCUAAAUGUGAUUCAGGCUUUGUGAUUGAAGCCGUAAACAAAUUCGUAGAACACGAUGACAUAACCGGAAAUGGCAGUCAGCCAUUUUGUUUACCCAUAAUACCCGGUAAACACAGCGAUCUGAAAAGCAUCACUCCGAACACAUUAUCGGGCGUAUUGGAUGGUCAAUACGAUGACGUCAUCAGAAGUUUCAGAAUUAUCGACUGUCGAUACCCUUACGAGUUUGAGAGUGGCCAUAUCAAGGGAGCAGAAAACCUGUACACCAAUGAAAUGAUUGAAGAACUCUUACGUCAGAAGUCAAAUCCCGUGCCGAUCUCCUCAAAGCGAGACAUCAUCAUAUUCCAUUGCGAGUUUUCCUCCGCUAGAGGACCUAGGAUGUCUCGGCUUUUGCGCAAACUUGACCGCGAGUUGAACUCUGAUCGCUACCCACUCCUGAACUAUCCCGAAGUGUAUCUUCUGCACGAAGGCUACAAGGCCUUCUAUUAUUCCUGUCAGGAACACUGUGAGCCGAUGGGAUACAUGCCAAUGCUUCACAGCAACCACACAUCGGACCUACGUCACUUCCGGACCAAGUCAAAAUCCUGGUGCGUAGGAGACAGGAGACGCGGCGUACAACAUAGACUCAAGUUUUCGGAGUAUUGAAUGCAAAACCGGAAGUGGCCUCUGAAUAUUAAGAAGCACAGCAUAGACUCAAGUUUUCGGAGUAUUGAAUGCAAAACCGGAAGUGGCCUCUGAAUAUUAAGAAGCACUCAUGGACAGUUUUCAUUUUUGAAUAUGUGCAGUUGACUGUUUUUAAAACUUCAUUUAGACCUAUUUAUACCACCAUUCAUUACGCUAUCGUGUGCAAGUAAACAAAGACAUCACGUGUGGGUAAACACGGGUGUCACGUGCAUAUAUACAACGUCACGUGUGUAACAAGGGUAGAAUUAUAUCUAAUUACCAUUCAUUGUCAAGUGUAUCCCACUCAAGUCUACAGUGAUCAUCAUUUGUAUUUUUAUUUUUCAGGGAAGCAUUUGAGUGCUCAUAAUCCCACGUAUUUUCAAUGUUCCCUUUUUGGGUACAAAGUAUUUAUUUGUAAAUAAUGACGUAAUUUAUUGUAUUUGCACAGCUGAAGACGCGCAUGCGCGUUGUGCUUUGUGUACAUAGUGUCUCUGUAUCAUUCCCUUUUUACCUGUCAUAUUUUCUGUUAAUUUGUAUUUAUUUAUUUACGUUGUGGCCUGUGUACCUGUUGUCCGUUUCUUUCCUUUUUUACCUGUCAUAUAUUCUGUCAACUUCUAUUUAUUUAUUUACGUUGUGGCCUGUGUACCUGUUGUCCGUUUCUUUCCUUUUUUACCUGUCAUAUAUUCUGUCAACUUCUAUUUAUUUAUUUACG